CCAUGUGAUAAAUGUAUUUCCGGUAGAGAGUGCUUCCUGUUUGAUCGCUGCUAGCAAGUCGUUUGUGUAUUUAUCUUUCUCCAUCAUGUUUUGUCUUCUUUCACAUAUUUAUAGCUUUAAAAUGCCGCUUUGCUUCUCGUCUACAUUCUGUCAACAGCAACCGCUGUAUCAUCUUGCAUGGAUACCAACAACUGCAAAUGAAGUGAAAUAAAGUGAAGCAAUCACUAAAUCUUAUGUUAAAACGGGAACAAUUCUACUUCAACAUAGGAAGGCGACCUCUAACGGAAACCAAUUAUUUCUUACACACCUUCUUCUUACGAAACAGGUGAAGGUUGGUAACUGGCAGGGCAUCCAACCAUUGAAAAUCUUCCUCCACAAAUUCUGUCUAACCCAUGCAAGCAUGGAAAAGUGGGCAUUAAAUGGCUGUGAAAAAUGAAUAAAGAACUUUUCAACCAACUGGCUGCUCGUGUGGCUGGCAUUAAACACUUGAAGGUUAAUUCCCAUUUGAAAAUAACUGUAUUUGGUGUAUCCCUUGGAGUUGCACUUAUAGGAUUGCUCACAUUGCUAUUACGGAAAAAGGAAAAGAAGAAAAGACCCUUAGAUCGGCGGAGUACUCAAACAAAAAUAGCACGUUCAAGAACUGCUCUAACUGGUACAAAUGGAGAUGUUGCCUGGUCUAAGAAUUGUUCAAGUCCCACUUCAAGUCGCUCAUUUGUGAGAAAUAAAGCUUUGUCUGUGUCUAAUUCUAACUCAAGCUUGGCCUCAUCAACAUCAACACUGACUCAUUCUGUUGUAGAAACAACAGAAUUUACAGCUGCACAACUCUGCCAGCUAGGGCUAGAAAAUUUAGACAUGGCAAUUUCACACUGGGAAGAUGCUUUAGCUAAACUUUCCUAUCUAGAUGCUGAAGAUACUUUGGACCAAUUAGCUAUUCCGGACACAGAAACUAGUGUUUUGCAACAUCAGCUGGAAAAUUUGCUUGAGCUAGCACUCCGUAUGCAAGAUGGCUUUGAACGUUCAUGUGAACGACAAGCUGACCAGGCAGCUCUUGAAUCAGCACUUGCUGCAUUUGCAGAGAUUGACAGAAUUCGUGCAGAGAAGCUAUAUUCUACUGAUCUGGAGUCAUCUGAAGACCAAGAGUCUUUUGUUUCAGCAACUGACAUGGCUGACUUGACUGAUGUUGACACUUAUAGAGAUUUAUUCAAACGACUGCCCCUAUAUGAAGCAGCACUUCAAGAACACAAAUACAAUGGGAUUACCUAUCGCACUAUUCGAACGCAUAUGGUAGGUUGUUUGAAAGAUGCUGAAUUUCUUGCUAAACUGCAUUGUCUUCGAGAAGGAUUUAAUAUUGUUUUCAAAGACGUGGAAACUAGAAGAUGGUUACAAGAAAUGGGACGUAACAUAAUAGCAGGAUUGUUACAGAAAGCCGAUAGGGAUACUGAAGAGUUCUACCAGGCUUAUCAAGAUAUGAUGGACUACAUCAAUGAUGAUAGCCAUCGAUUACAGAUGGAGGAAGAACUUAAAGAAAAAGGAGUGAAAAAAUGUACUUUCUAUGAUGUGUUCUUAGACUUUAUACUGCUGGAUGCAUUUGAUGAUUUAGAGAAUCCCCCGAAAUCUGUGGUUGCUGUGGUCCAAAACCAGUGGUUAUCCAAUGGAUUUAAAGAAACUGCACUGUCUACAGCUGUGUGGUCAGUUUUGAAAGCUAAAAGAAGAAUGCUCAAGUUCCCACAUGGUUUUAUAUCUUACUUUUAUUCCAUCUCUGAACUAAUUACUCCAGUUCUUGUAUGGGGUUUGCUUGGCCCACCAUCCAAUUUAAAAACUAUUUGCUGUGCAUUUAAGGAUAUAGUGUAUAACUUCAUCAAAGACAUCUUCAGCUUCGAAAAAGUACGAUUCACUACGCAAGAGGACAUGGGAAGUGACUUGUUACGUAUUGUGAAAGAAUAUGUCAGUAUUGCUGAAAAUAAGCUAUGUGCUGCAAAUGUAUAGCUUCUGUUCAUUUUAAUAAUGAACAGUUGAUUCCACAUAUAUAAAAGUAUACUCAUCUCUUGGUUAACCAGUGAGUUACAUAUAUGUGUAUAUUUAUAUAUAUAUAUAUAUAUAUAUAUAUAUACGUACAUACAGUUACUGUGUGCAUAUGUAUGUAUGACAGCAUUCCUUUCAACAAAAUUCAGGUUUGGUAUAACACUACUGGAAGUCACUUUUGUGAUUAUUGACCAAACUGAAGUAGAACUAUUUUUUAUGAAGAGAUUGUUUUGAGAAACUGAAUCUUGGUGAUUUUAAACUUAACCAGGCUAUUACUCUUUAACCCAGGUUAUCUCUCUCUUUUUUUUUUUUUUUUUUUUUUUUUUUUAAAUUUCUCUACCAAGUUUUAAAUUAAGAUUUUCUUCGUUUUGUUGGCAGUGUCUUAUUUAUUUCUGUGUUACCUUAGACUCUAAAUGAUCUUAAUAUAAUAUUCUAGAAUAGUAUUUUUAUGCAUGAUCACUUUCAAAUUAGUUACAUCAAUGACAUUAGACCUAAUAUUAUACACUCUUAGUCAAAAUACUUUGCCUAGGUGAAACUCAGUUGGUAAACAUUGUAAAAAAGGGAUGUUUUCUUACACUUUCUAUAACAAUUAAAAUGUGAACUUUUGAAGAAUUAUUCAACCAGCAUGCAGAUGGAUGGAAAAUUUUAAGAUUUCACUUAUACUUUACUUCAAUUCAAUCUGUGGCGGGGGGGG